GUGCAAGGCCAAUCAAAUAAAUUGAUAGUCGAAAGUUGCUAAAAUCUCAGUGCAAUACAGAUUUUGAUGUUGAUUUUGAUUUUGAAUUUGAAUUUGAAUUGUUACCUCUUUUUGUUCGUCAAUCAACAAAUAAGCUGCAACAGAAUCAUCAACUUCACUGAAAAAAUCAUCACAUCGAGACGUGAAGAAGCACAGCAAGUAUGAAGAAGGGAAAUGAGAAUGGAAGUGUUCUUCAAUUCACACCAUUCCAGAAUGCUGUUGACGAGGGUUUCUGGCAUAGAUUAUCAUCAUUGAAGCUCAAUCUCUUUGGAAGUGACGAUUCCCCUAUUUCCAUUACCGGUUUCUAGGCACCUUGUUCACAUUCUCAAUUAUCAAAUCCUUUAACUCUUUGUGCUGAAUCGUUGCCACCUGAACCAUGUGUUCAAUUGUCAAUAACAAGAAGCCGUGGUGACAGGAACAAAUGCUCUGUCCCUGGCAUUCUAUACAACACAAAUACAUUGGAGGGUUUUCAAGCCCUCGAUACAGAGCUGCUAAAGGCAGAAGCGAAGAAGAUUUGGGAGGAGAUUCAUUCUGGAAAGGCUGAGGAGGACAGUGCAGUACUUUCAAGGUUCCUUCUUAUAUCAUUUGCAGACCUUAAAAAGUGGACCUUUCAUUACUGGUUUGCUUUCCUUUCUCUGUCGCUUGAUCCUCCUGCAACCUAGGUUGAUUUGAGGCCAGCUUCCACGUGCCUCAGCCUAGAGGAGCUGAGGCAAAUGUUAGCUGAAUCGGUAUCAGCAGCGUGUAAUGAGUGGCAUAGCUCAAGCGCAACGGCAGAUGUGCCGCUUUUUUGGGUCUUUUUUGAUUGAAAUUCACAUGCUACUAUCAAGCAUCUGAAGGACUGGGAUUCCUACCAACAUGAUUCCCAUAAGUUUCUUUUUGGCUUUUACGACCCAUGUCAUCUUCCAAGUGAUCCCGGUUGGCCUUUUUGCAACUUCCUUGCAUUUAUUUGUUCAAGAUGGAGAGAGAAAGUUCACUUUUUGUGCUAUCGUGAGAAUCGUGGUUUUGCUGAUCUGGGUUUGUCCCUUGUUGGUGAAGCCUUAAUAUCAGUUUCACAAGGAUGGAAAGAUAGCUUUCAUUUCGUUCCUAAUGCCGUGGGAUGGGAACUUAAUAGAGGGAAGAAGUUAUUAAGAUGUAUUAGCCUAGCUAAAUCUAUGGAUCUGCUAGGUAUGUCAAUAUUGGCUGCAGAUUUAAAUUUAAAAUUAAUGAGAUGGCGUGCUUUGCCAUCUUUGGACUUAACACCUUCUCUGGCCGGUACAUUUGGAUGCCAGGUUGCUCGGAUGCUUAUGGGGAGUGAUGUCCAGAAAAUUACACUACUUGACAGUGGCAGGGUGGCUAUGUCUAAUCUGUUGAGGCAAUCCCUAUAUACUUUGGAUGACUGCCUUAAUGGUGGUGAGUUUAAAGCCACAGCAGCAGUUAAAAGUCUAGAGAAAAUCUUUCUGGCUGUGGAAGCUGAAGGUGUUGUGACGGCUAUUCCGAUGCGGCAUCCGGUGCCUAGCCAUGAAGAAAAUAGUGUGCUUGAGGAUUGCAAACACCUACACGAUUUAAUUGAUUGUCAUGAUGCAGUUUUCUUAUUGACUGAUACAAGGGAAAGUCGAUGGCUCCCAGCUCUUCUUUGUGCCAAUGCUAACAAGAUUACUGUAACUGCAGCUCUGGGGUUCGACAGCUUCUUGGUUAUUUGUCACGGUGCCGGUCCUCUCAGAAGUACUCACGACUUCAAAGGCAAUGCUGUGAAUACUUCAUCUUCUGAAAUCAGAAAUUUCUCACAGAUAGACAGAGACAGAGAGCAUAGAUUGGGUAGUUACUUCUGCAAUGAUGUGGUUGCCCCUAUUGAUUCAACUGCCAACU